GUCGCUUUUCGCAUUGGUUCCUCCGCAAGCGCCGGAGGUCGUAGCUGUGUAACCGCGCCGGCGAAGAGAAAGGCCGGCUGGACAGCUCGGAGGGCGGCAGGGAAGCGGCUUUGUCUUUGGAGCUCCCCGGCCCCUCGUCGCAGGUGGAGAAAGAGGGCAUGGCCGACAACGACCCGCCAAGCGCCAAAGAGCUGUCUCAGUUUGCAGAAAAUCUCCUACAAAAGGUGCAAGAAAAUUUUGAAGACCUGACCGAUAAAUUAUCUCUACAAAUGGAUGAGAUGGGUGAACGGAUAAAUGAUUUGGAAAAGCAUGUUGCUGGACUAAUGGCUGAAGCUGGAAUAGAAAAUACUAGUGAAGAUUCUGAACAAACUGAAGAAAUCAAAGAAACCUGAAGACCUUUGAGUAUGGUCUACGUUUAUACAAUUUCAAGAUAUUUGUUAAGACUAUAUACAGUAUAACUAAUGAAUCCACAAGCAAUGCUUUUCUACACUACAUCACUGGCUACAAAGAAAAAUCAAGUUGUAAAUAUUUCUGGCCUAUAUGUCUGCUAUAAUAUAGAAUCAUGCAAUAAUUGGCAGUAAUUUCAGUGGUGGGAUUCAGCCAGUUCGCACCACUUCAGGAGAACCGGUUGUUAACUUUCUGAGCAGUUUGGUGAACUAGUUGUUGGAAGAAACCACUAGGGCAGAGAACUGGUUGUUAAAUUAUUUGAAUCCCACCGAGUAAUUUGAUUACAGAAAUAAAUUCUUUUGAUUUUUUUUUUGUUUAAGAGUGACAUUAAAUGUUGAAAACUGGCUUCAUAUUAACAUUCAAUUCAUAACAAUUAUUACCCUUUUGGUAUGAAUAUAUUUAUAAGCUUUUGUACCAAGUGUAGUUUCCAUUUUUUCCUUGAAGUUCGUUUUCUUGGUACAUCAUGUAUGGAUGUUAAAACUAUCACAUACGAAGAAAGCAGAAUAAGAGUCCAUGCUAAUACGUAGGUAAAAUUCGUGUCAUCUCUACUUUGAUUAGUUUUCCUCUAUUGGGAUCAGGUGUUUUGAACUCAUAUUGCUGUAUCUCACUAAUGCAAUUCUGAACAAUUUAUAUGAUUUUUAGAAUAAUAUUCCUAGAUUAGGAGCCCUUCGUGGUUUAACUACUGCAACACAUCCUACAUGGGACUGCCCUUGAAGAUGACACAGAAGCUUCAAUUGAUCCAGAAUGCAGAGGCAUGGGCAGCAACAGAUAUGCUUUGAUAUGCCUGUGUAAUACCCCUGCUUUGUGAACUGCACUGGUUGCAGUGGUGGGUUUCAAAAAUUGUUUGAACCUACUGUGGGUGUGGCCUCCUUUGUGGGAGUGUCUUGC